UUGCAUGCUUCCCUUUUAGGCUGGUUCUGUCUCUGGAGGAAAAGAACCUGUGCCUCAGAACACUGGAAGAAAAGAACCAGGCACUGAACAAUCAGGUGUCUCAGUUUCGUUCUGCUCUUCACGAGGCCGAGCAGCUCUGUUCAAACCGCACAGGACAACUGCUGGCGCUCAACAUCCAGAUGUGGACCCUGCAGGAUGCCAUGCUGGAGAUGGAGGCUACCCAGGCAACUCGAGAGAAGCAGCUGCUGCAGGAGCUGGAGGAGUCCCGAGCAGGAGAACGGAGCUUGAGGGACUCUGUGCAGGUGCUGGAGGCUGAGGUGUCUGAGCUGCGUAGGAAGCUCCAGAGCUCUGAUGACAAAGCACUUUCAUUGGCCAUAAAGUUUAACACCUCAGAGCUGGAGCUGAGGAAGACACAGGCUCAGUGGGACAAUCUCAGAGCCUGCAACCAGGAGCUGCAGCAGGAGUUGGAGGAAAGUGAGCAAGCGAUGUGGAGGGCAGAACACCAGAAGACCUGUCAAGAAACUGCCCUGGAGAAAGAGGCCAUUGCCCUGAAGGAAGAGGCUGUGACUCUUCAUCAGGAGGUGGCAUCUCUGCAGAGGAAACUGGAGAGCCUGGAGAAGGAAAGGAAGGAUGUGCUGCGUGAACGGGAAUUGUACGAGGAGCAGAUGAGAGAUCUGAAAAAGAAGAAUGAAAUGAAAACACCUGAAAUUCCAAGAAAGGAAACAAUGCAACAAUUGGACACUGAAAAUGAAGGAAAACAGGAAGAGUUGGAGCAUAUGGCUGCUGCUUUGAAAGAAGGCAGUGGGAACACUCAAAUCCUGUGUGCUCCACUGGCCAAGGGUAAAAUUGCCAAAGAGGCUCUGAAGAAACGCUUGGCCUUCCUGAAGGGAAAGAGUCAUCCCCAGCAGGCUGUUGGAGCAGAAGGGAAGCGGCUGUCAGAGCGCUCCAGGAAGGGUGUGGAAUGUGUGCGGGACCAGGUUGCAGCAGCAGCAAAAGACAAGCCAGAGAAGCGUGAGCUCAGGAGAACUUUUGAGGUGUCCUUGCUGCAGUCACAGCUGGCCCGAGACCGGCAGGACAACCUGGAGAGCUGUGCAGGGAGCAGGCAGGAGAUGCUCCCGUUGAGUCACAAGGACCUCCUUACUUCCUAG